GGCGGGGCGGCGGCAGGCGGGCGCGGGCCUGGCGGUGAUGGCGGACGGCGGGGAUGGGCGGCUAAGGACUGCGGACGACGGCGGCGCGGGGGAGUCUGCGGGCGGCGGGAUGCUGCUGCACGUAGGGCUGCUGGCGCUGGCGCUGCUGGCCGCGUACCGGCUGUACCUGCACUGGCGGAAGCGGAGCGGGCCGGGGGACGCGGCCCAGCAGAGCCAGGCCGCCCCGCUGCCGCGGAUGAAGCGGCGGGAUUUCUCGCUGGAGCAGCUGCGCGAGUUCGACGGGACCCGCAACCCCCGCAUCCUCCUGGCGGUCAACGGCAAAGUCUUCGACGUGACCAAAGGCAACAAGUUCUACGGGCCCGAGGGUCCAUAUGGAAUAUUUGCUGGCAGAGAUGCCUCCAGGGGACUAGCAACUUUCUGUCUAGAUAAAGAUGCACUCAAAGAUGAAUAUGAUGACCUAUCGGACUUAAAUGCUGUACAGAUGGAAAGUGUAAGAGAGUGGGAAAUGCAAUUUAAAGAAAAAUACGACUACGUAGGUAGACUCCUAAAACCAGGGGAAGAACCAUCAGAAUACACAGAUGAGGAAGAUACCAAGGAUCACACUAAACAGGAAUGAACUUUGUAAACAACCAAAGUCAGGGGCCUUCGGAACUGCAACCUCUUUUCCCCAUCACAGAAUGUCCUGCAUCUUUGGGUACAGUUCAUCUGCUGCGAAAAACAUUCAACAGGUUUUGUACAAGGAAAAUAAUAAAGUCACAACUGAACAUUUGAAUACUA